UACAGCGUAUAGGAUAUAGCUUGUGGAUCCAAUUGCAUUUGGAAUCUGGAAUUUUUGCAAGCAAAACAUGGCUGCUGCUAUUCUUUCCUUUCAGUCUCUAUCUCGUUUCGCUCCUUCUUUCCCUUUCAACAAGCAACUUAAGCUGAGAAAGCCUGUUUUAUCUCUCACAGAGAUUGCAGAUAAGUCUGCGCCCUUUAGCUCACUUAAGCCAACUCUUUCAAGCAUAACAUCUGAUGGCAACACAAAAGGAAGCGGUCCAAAGAAAAGUUCUAAUAAUGCCCCAGGAAGUAAGGAGAUUGAUGAAAAUGAGAUAUCAUCUAGUGGCAUUAAAGCACCUAAAUCGUCCAGUAAGGAAGAGAUGAUUGCUCUGUUUAGAAGGAUACAAUCUUCAAUCUCCAAGGGUAAGCCUGGAAGGGCUGAGACUGAAAGUUUCAGCUCAUCCGAGGAUAAGUCCACAGCUGAAUCAGUUAUGGAUGUUAUUCGCGAAUCAGGAAUGAAUGUAAAAGACACUAGAUCAAAAAAGGGUACCAAGGCAUUGAGAUGGAGAAGUAGCAUCUCUAAGAAAAGUAAAGUGGAGAAGAAAGCUACUGCAGAAACCGAGGAGUUCAAUUUAUCAAGGCCACCAUCUAAUUUUAUAAAGAGGUCGCCAAUACCACACCCAACAGCACACAGAACAAAGACCCCUGAGAGGAACAAUGAAGUGGUGUCCACCGACGGGAAGGGCUCAGAGUUGGCAAACAUGGAGAAACUAAAACUUUCUGAGUUGAAAGAACUAGCAAAAGCCAGAGGAAUCAAGGGUUACUCCAGAUUGAGGAAGACUGAACUUCUUCAAUUGUUGAUGUCAUAAGGAGACAGAACCCCCUACCCUUUUUCUGUAAUAGCAAAUGCUAAGCUUUACUCUUAUUUCCACAGCUCCAAUUCAAAAAACUUGAACAGAGAAAGGCAUUCUCCAAUUGUAUAAAUAUUGAUAAUGUUGAUAAUGUAAUAAACCAACAAGGAAGGUACUUUGGAAUUUCAAGUCAA